AUGGUAUUAUUUUCCAGCAUGGCUUCUUUGAAUGAAGAUGACAUUUAUGCAAUACUAUCCAAAGUGGGAGACGAGGAAGAAGUGGUUCCUCCAAAUGAUUUGGACAGCGAAGUUGAGGAUAUUUUAGAGACAGAUAGUGAGGAACCUACAGAUCCUUCAAGCGAUUCUGAUGACGAACCUCUUCGAGCAUCAAAUAUUAGUCGCCGACGUCGAAUAAAUUCUAAUGACUCAUCGGAUAAUGCCCGACCUACGAAACAGAUGAAAGAUGUACCUUACAAACACAAAUGUAGAACCCUUAGUAUCUUUCUUUGUGAAGCAACUUUCCGAAACUAUUCAAGGCAGUAA